UUUUUAUAAAAGCGAGCCCACAACAUAUAGUGAAGUAAAUAGGUAGAUUCGUAUGUCUGCUUUGUAAUUUACAUCUCAUACAUAUAUACAUACAAACGAACUACAUAUAAGGCGCACCAAAACGCACGCGAAAAAAAAUUGUACAAAGUUCAAACGAAGCAUUUUAUCUGCAAGGCAACAGCAACAACGCAGUCGAAAACACAUUGAAGAUGGAAAAUACAGUGGACGCUGAUGCAACAGCCGCGCAGGCGGAAUCUUCGUAUUUGGCCGGUGUAUUGCGUGAGAUAUUUUACAGCCCCAUGAACCUGGCGCUAGUGUCCAUCAUCUGUUUUCUGGUCUACAAAAUAAUACGUGAUCGCACCGAAAGCAUAAGAGACGUACCACAGGCACAGGCAGAGCCGGAGCUGCCGAAACUGCGUCGUGACUUCACCGUGAAGGAGCUUCGUCAUUACGAUGGUAAUCAACCAGAUGGUCGAGUGUUAGUUGCAGUCAAUGGCAGUGUUUAUGACGUCACCAAGGGAAAACGCUUUUAUGGACCGGGCGGACCAUAUGCUACCUUUGCUGGACGCGAUGCAUCACGAAACUUGGCCACAUUCAGCGUUGUUGCCAAUGAAAACGAAAACUACGAUGAUCUCAGCGACCUUGGCGCCAUGGAAAUGGACACUGUGCGCGAUUGGGAAAUGCAAUUCAAGGAGAAAUACGAAUAUGUGGGUAAACUGCUGCGUAAUGGUGAGCAGCCAAACACCUACGAUAACGACAGCGACAAAGAUGAUGAAACUGCUGCGGAUAACGACAAGGAGGAAUAGUGUAGGUCACAGUGGAACGCAUAUGUAACGAUGACAAGCACAAAACUUAUAGCACACUUGAUUUUAUAAUGAAAUAAAACUCGUUCAAGUGUCGAGCGAAAGUUUUGCAAUGUUAUUACAUUCCCCCACCACUUAACAUACACAAACACACACACCCACUCACUCACACACACAUAAUGGCGUCUAAAGCUGUCAAAACAUUUAGCCUUUAAUGGAUUAAUACCUUCUAAGAUUUAUAUGUAUAUUUGUUGAACCAAAUACUAUUGUUGGUAUAAAAAAAA